AUGGAUAUUGCACAGGCAGAUCCUGCUCAUACCUUUGAAGAAUUUUUACUCUCUCAGAACUUGGAUGAUUGGCCAAGAUUUCCUUACCUGCCAGAAAUGGAUGCCCGUCCUUUGGUUACCCAGUUAAGAAGUGACUAUCCCUUGGACACUGUUACGAAGUAUCUUCAUGACAAUGCUCCAUUGCCCACUGAAAUUAUCUCCAACUUGGAAAAGAGAUUGGAUCAAUGCAACAUAGAUGUCCAUGAACAUGCUAAGCAUGUAUUUUCUUUGGAAUCUGGAAAAUCAAAAAUAAAUGACCAAGGAAUUUCUGCUCCAGAGCAAGCAGGGGAUACUUCAACAACUGAAUCACAGGACAUUGUGAUAAAGAAGAAAAAAGUAAAGAUUGCUGCAGAUGCCACACCAGACUUAAGCUGUAAAACAGUCGAGAAUUACAAGUUCCCUGGUUUCAAGUUAAAGAAACUCACAAAGCUACCAAACCAUCUAGAACCCGCACAACUCUGGGAUUCAGUUCUAAAAGUCCAAAUUCUCAGGGGAGUGAAUGUAAAGGUUUUGAAGAAAUUGUUUAUCUCUGAAGCAUCUCUUGCGAUUUUACAAGACUGCUUUUGGUGGCUGUUUCUUCACAAAUUCAAGCCUGAUCAAGAUGAACAAGACCACUUAUUUGACAGAAUAUCAGACAGCUUUGUGGCGCUUCUAUUGAGUACUCCCAAUUACAUAAAAGAUCCUUUCUUUCAGAUGUAUCCUGACUGCUUGUCACAAGCCGUAUAUGUCACUUUUUGUGAAGCUUUCCCUGAAUCCAGUCGUCGUUUUGAUGAUGAGUUUAAAGAUGAAAUAAUGGAUCUAAUUUUCCAGUGGAUAAGAGGUUUCAAACCUGGAAAAUUUGCUUGGAAGAAAUGGAAUUUAUGCUGGUUGGAAAUGCCCGCAAAAUGCAGCAUGCAAAAAGAUUCCUUUCAGAAGUCAUCAUCAUAUAUGAAAAUCCACUUUAGAACACAGUCAAGAGCAAAGUCUUUGCGUUUUCAGCUGGCAAAAGAGGAGCCAAAGAAGGAACCAAACAAAGAACCAUCCCAUUAUAUUGGAGGAGGUCCAGACUUUCAGCGUUCGCUAUUCAACCUUGGUGGUCAAAGUCCUCUGGUCUUAUAUUAUCUUCAGAUGCACGGAAUCUCUAACACCUUAUCAAAUUCUCGGGCUUACAGGAUCAAUCACACUGAAAUCUGCAAAAUCCCACCAGUUUCUCCAACUUACGUAGAUGUUAUCGAGGAGAGUCAAAAGUUUACGGAAAACCUGCAUAAUGAGUUUCUUGAUUUCCAACACAGGUAUGGUGACGAACUUGCACGGUUAGAAGAGCAAAGAGUGAAAGUUAACAGGAUAUACAGAAGGAUGUUGAGCACAAUUACCAAGAAGCGAACUGAAUCAAGGCUGAAAACAGAGAAGUUUGUCACCCAAAUGGAAAAUGUGAAGCUUCGCCAGUCCAGAUCCAGUAGUGUGAAUUCAGCAACUAAAGACCUCCAGCAUUAAGAUAUACAUAACAACAGUUGCCUGAAUGAUUCC